AUGUUAUCUAAUACAUCAAGAGGGCAGCAAUAAAACCAAUUUUCAAAGACUUAAACUCAAACUCUGAUUCCCCUUUCUGAAUUAAAUCACAUUAGGGGGAAGCUUAAGGGGGGCAAUUUGGCUCAAGAAGAACGAUAACUGGAUAAAAUGAGAAUGUAUAACUUGUUUUAAAUUGUAGGAAGGCGAAUUCUGAGGAAAGGAUGAAGCGUUGGCCUACCACAAUAGCAGCUUAUAAAUAAAAAAGAGAUUAGCAUAGAUUUGAGAAAUUCACGGUAGCAGAGGAAGAGAGAAGGAAAAUUGACAUUGAAGAGGAGAUCUUUUAGAAAGGAGAAAAGAAAAUUACUUUGGAAAAAGCAAACAAAUAAAUUUAUGAGGAUAGUGACAGGGUUAAAGCAUUUCAUGGAAAAAUGCUCUUUUCUGAUGUGUUGUAGGAGAGGGACGAAUAAAUUGUGAUGGAGAAAUAUAAGAAAGAACUUCUUAAAUAAUAGGAAGAGAUCUAUAAAUAAAUAAUAGAAGAACAAUUAGAUGAGUACGAUUAAAAGGAGACUUUGAAAUAGAAACUGUAGUAGUAAAGAAAAAAGGAAUAAAAGGAUAUGUUACACAAGUAAAGAUGACAUAUAUUUAGAUAACACGAAGAAAUGAAAGAGAAAUAUCUCACCAGAUUGAAAGAAGAGAGAAUUGAAGGAGAAUUGAUUAAAUAAAAGGUUAAGGAUGCUUUAGAAGAUGAAUAGAAGAUAUCAAGAUUAAAAUAAGAAAAAGUAUUGGAGAAUUAGAGAUUAGUAUAACAGGCGAAUGAUUAACUGAAGGAGUUUAAAGUGUAAUAAAAAAUUAAGGAGAAAGAGGAGGAUGAAAAGAUAAGAUUACAUGCAGAGAAAAAAUAGAGAAUAGCUGAAAUGAGAAAAGUUAGAGAGGAUUUAAAAUUUCAUGAGAAAUAGGAACAGAGAUAGAAAAUGAUUGAUCGCCAGAUAUAGUAGUUAGAGGUUGUUAAAAAAGCACAGGAAGAACAUUUGAACAAAUAAAUUAUAGAAGCACAAGUAAAAGCUGAAGAGGUUGAGAAAAUAAAGAAGUAAAAGAGGGAACAAAUGUGUAAAGCAAUUGAUUAUAGUAGAAAGAUUAAGGAUGAAGUUAAAGAGAGAGAAGCGAAAUGUAUUAUAAAUUAUUAUAUGUUAAGCUGUUGAUUAUCACAAAAAGGAAUUUCAAUCCUAUUGGGAAAAAAGAGGGAGAGAACUAGAAGAGAUAGAAAGGGCAGAAAUUACAGCAUAAAGAGAGAGACGAGUUCAGAAUUCAAAAUUUUAAUAAGAUUAAAUUAAUGAAAAAAUAGUAAUUAAUAUUUUUUAAUAUGUUUUUAGGGACUAAGGGAAAAAGAAUAUCUUGAAUAAUUAGAUUAAUAGGAAGAGAAAUAAAGAAAGAUAGAAAAGGAGGAUGAGAUUUUCAUGAUGUGGGCAAGUUAAAAGAUUUAAGAGUAAUCUAGGGAAGGAAAGAAUAUAUUGCCAUUAAUUAAAGAAUUAAAAAACUUAAGCAAAGUCUAAUGA